CGUCCGAGAUGUUAUAUGAAUAGCAGAUUCAUAUUUUGUUCGGCAUUCUGCCCUUGUCGAGCUCGCCGUCGGACGCCGUCCACUUUUUCGGCCUAACGUGGUUAUUGUCUGGCAAAACCCUAGAGCCCCAUCUUCUGCCAAAAUCCGUGGCUUGGAGUAGUUGCCUGAAUCAAUUGGCUUGCUAAGGCAUCUUCGUUAAAGCAUCUGGAACAAAAAUAAAAAGGAAAAUGUUCAAGAACACAUUCCAGUCUGGAUUUCUUUCCAUCUUAUACAGCCUUGGGAGUAAACCUCUGCAGAUAUGGGAUAAAGAAGUUGUCAAUGGCCAUAUAAAACGACCACAGGAUGAAGACAUACAGUCCAAUGUACUUGAAAUAAUUGGAUCCAAUAUCCAAUCUACAUACAUCACAUGUCCUGCAGAUCCAGCUGCAACACUUGGUAUAAAACUUCCAUUCGUGGUUAUGAUUGUGAAGAAUCUAAAGAAGUAUUUUACAUUUGAGAUUCAAGUUCUGGACGAUAAGAAUGUGAGACGACGAUUUCGGGCUUCAAAUUUCCAAGCUGUGACUCGAGUAAAGCCGUACAUUUGCACCAUGCCACUGAAAAUGGAUGACGGGUGGAAUCAAAUCCAGUUGAAUCUUGUUGAUUUGACCAAGAGAGCUUAUGGCACUAACUACAUGGAGACUCUGCGUGUUCAGGUCCACGCAAACUGCCGCCUGCGAAGGAUAUAUUUCUCCGAUCGCCUCUACUCCGAAGAGGAACUCCCACCCGAAUUCAAAUUGUACCUUCCAAUGCAGAAAGCAGCAUGAAAAUAUCAUGGAAGGAGGGAUUUUAAAGCCAUGAAAGGAGUGGAUUUGGUACCCUUUCUGUAAACGUGCUUAUUUCUUCUAUAACUUUUAUCAGUGUAAUGCGACAAUUAAUGAGAACUCCUAUAUAUGUCCUGUUUCGUUUGACUAGUUUGAGAAGGCACUUUUUAGUUGGAUCAAGAUUCAAGCAGUAAUGGCUGUUGUGCUUUUCUGUAGUAUUUUGUGUACUCAUACUCUUGUAUGAUGAAAGGUUACUGUAUAGUAUUUACUAUUACUAUUA